AUGGUAUUGGCGUGGGAUCAGGGGUAUAAACAAAUAGCUUGUGAUAUUGACUGUGAGGAGUUAGUUACUAUCCUGGACCGCACUGAUCAGGACCUGGUUCUUCACCAUCCUCAGGUUCUUGUGCUCAAGGAAAUCAUGACUCUUAUGGCUCGUGAUUGGAGGGUGACCGUUAACUGGGUUCAUCGUGAUGGUAAUGCAGCUGCAGAUUGGCUUGCUAAAUAUGGUCAUAGCCUCUUGGAUCCUGGUGUUCAUGUCAUUCGUCAGCCGGAGAAUGAGCUCCAACUUCUCCUGCUGAAGGAUUCCCUUGUUGUGUCGUAG